AUGGCUGCACCCGAGAGCUACGUCCAGAAGCUACAGCACUACUGCGCUACCAACCAGAUCGCCCAGCCUCAGUUCCAGGACUACUCUGACCCCCGAGGCAUCCGCACAGCCUGGUCGAGCAGUGUCUUUGUACAUGGCCGUGAAUACCGAGCCGCCCUUUGGCGGGACUACCGCUACCUCGAACAAUCGCGAGAAGAAGCCGCUGAAGUCGCCUGGAAGGCCAUCCAUUCCACCCCCACAACCAACGGAGCAAAUCAAGGACAAUACAACCGUUCCUACGCCACCUCUCGAUAG